GCCAACCAGCCGCCGGGCCCGCCGCCUCCGCCACCGGGACCUCCCGGCGGGCCUGGUCCGGCCGGCCUCAUCCCGCCUCCGACGGGGCCGCGCAAUCCCAACAACACGCUGGUGGACGAGCUGGAAGCGUCCUUCGAGGCCUGCUUCGCCUCGCUGGUGAGCCAGGACUACGUGAACGGCACCGACCAGGAGGAGAUCCGCACCGGUGUUGAUCAGUGCAUCCAGAAGUUUCUGGAUGUUGCAAGACAAACCGAAUGCUUUUUUCUACAAAAACGACUCCAGCUCUCAGUCCAGAAACCAGAGCAAGUAAUUAAAGAGGAUGUUUCAGAAUUAAGGAAUGAAUUGCAGAGAAAAGAAGCAUUAAUUCAGAAGCAUUUGGGCAAACUGCGACACUGGCAGCAGGUGCUGGAAGACAUCAGCGUGCAGCACAAAAAGCCUGCAGAGAUGCCCCAGGGUCCAUUGGCGUACCUGGAACAAGCAUCUGCCAAUAUUCCUGCUCCAAUGAAGCAAACGUGAUCUCUUGACUUCCCAUCCCUGAAUAUUUUCAGCAAUGCGAAGCAGUGGGUGUUCUUUUUACUUUGUAUGCUUUUUGUAUAAUGUAAUUUGUACUACAAAUAUAUAAAUAGUUAAGACAAUUAAAAUAUUUUUUUUUCUUUUUUUUUUUU